GACCAUUCACAGACAGAUAGAAUGAACGAUAGAGAGGCAAAACAGAGCCCCAGCGAAGACAGGUGCAGCAACCCAUUCUGACGACCACAACAACUAGGAGGCCAUUCCACCUACCAUAUUCUUCAACCUCUGGGUACUAUGGAGGUGUUAGCGGAUCCAAAUCCGGUUGAUCCUUCUGUCCUUACAUUGCAGGCCACACAUAGGACUGAGGACGUGUGGCGUGGCCUGGAUGUGCAGAUUGAUAGGUGUCGAGAGCACCUCCAUAGUUUGUCCCACGUGCAGGUGGACGAGAGAGUUUUAGCAUAUGUUAGAGCUGCUAGUUUUUUUGGUCUACAUAGAUUGGUGGCUACUGUUCCACUUGAUAAAGCUCUGGUCAUCGCUCUUCUUGAGCAUUGGAGACAGGAGACUCACACAUUUCACCUUCCAGUUGGUGAGGUGACAGUGACCUUGGGAGAUGUCAGAUGUGGCUGUUUUGACUAGGUUACAGUUUUAGCUCAAGUUAUGUGUACGAGGCGUCGGUUCGAGUUUUGUGUUAUUUGGAGUCAAAAUCAGGAAUUUAGAGUCCGGCAUCGGCGCUUGAAGAGAAAUCAGGACAACUUGAGAAGCAUUCGAGAGUGAAUUGAUGGCUUUGGAGGUCACUGUGAGGUUCACUAAUGAAGAUUUGAUGACAAAAGAGCUCUAGAAUUGGCUAGGGGAUCAAAAGAAGACAAAUACAGCUUUAAAAUGACGUUCAAAAUGUCCUUAUGUCAAUCGUUCAAACAUAUCUCUUUGUAAAAGCAUCAAAAGGACACGAUUCAAGUUGCAUAUGAAAGCCAACUUCAAGGGCUAUAAAUCAUAUGAAGAAACCAUUGCAAGAAUCUGAGAGGAAGAAAGUGAAAACAGACGAUGAAGUCAGAUGGUCCCUGUUGCGAUUUCAAAAUGAGACCAUCCACCAUUUUAUUCAUAUCUCUUGAUUGGAUGAUUCAAAUCCAAUUCGGCAAGUUGUUGUGGAUAGAGGACUUCAUUAUCUACAACUUUCAUGAAGGACGUUUUGUCAAAAUCGGACCAGAAAAGCCGGAAAACUCACUGACAGUGGGGAGAGACGCACGCGUGCGUCCAACGAUUUUACGCGCAUGUCUGUCGGACGCAUGGACGCAACGCACGCGUGCGUGGGCGUCGUGUGUGCCCCGUUUCAGUCCUAAUUCAACCUGAAUUGCUCCGUUUUUCCUAUUUAAACAGACUGUAAACCCCUAUUUUGAGGGGGAGCUUAGAGAGAGGCCUAGGGACGAAAUUUC